ACGUAGUUGCCACGUUAUCUGCGCGCAUCGUUUGGAUUUUCGACGUUUUUAUCCGAUAGGUAACUUUUGGGGAUUGGACGAGCUUUUUCGCUUUGAAUUUUAAAAUACCCCGACCGUCCCCGACCGGAUCGAACGUUUGCACAGGUGUUGCGACAAACAAAAACGUAAUAUAUAACGCGUACAUCAUAAUAUUAUGCACUAUAAAUUAUAGUGACCGCGUACGUUAAUCAUCAUUCGAUCUCGUAGCCAAUUCACUGAUCACCAUUUCGAUACGGUAACAAAUCGAAAAUGUUUCAAGUGUCUGUUGUCAAAGUGUGUGUGCUCCUUCUGUUAGCCGCCUCUAUGGGUGUGUUUUGGUACCUGGACACCAAAUAUGAUCGCUGGGACCAAAUAUUGUCUGAGCCUGAUAGUUUGGUUGUUGAAAAUGUGCCCGAGUCAAUUGUAAACGAUAGUUUCAAGCCCAAAGCGUUCAUUCCCACGAAAGAAUGGCAAAUCAUCGAAAAAGAUCAACCAAUUCCUCCUGGACUUCAUGUUAAAAUUAACUUACAAACUGGUGAAAAGAAAGCUAAAUUGAUGGAAGAUAAUGAAAUUAAUAAUUCUAACAGUUUGGCUAUAACACAUUCUAACAUCUCCAAAAAUGAUAAACAAUCAAAUAAUCUCCCAGAAAAGGUACACAAAUUUAAGUCUUAUGAUGAAAUCAAAAAUGAUCUUGGCACAUUAAACAUGAUUGUAAAAAGUGAUAUAGAAAUUAUGGAUGAACUUUCUACAAAAUUCCAAAAUCAAGUAAAAAUAUAUGAAGAUACUCAUCAAAGUCUUCAAAAUAUUUUAAUUGAUCUUGAAUAUUUAUUACACCAAGUUGAUACAGCAGAAAGUUUCGUUAAAAAUAAUGGGAUAAAAACAAUUAUAAUUCCUUGUAUUAGUAGUUCUUCAAGUUUUAUAAAAUCACAAGGAGCACUACUCUUAGGUUCAGCUGCUUCUAACAAUCAGAGAGUUCAAAUUUCUGCUAUAAAAGCUGAUGUUAUUCCACUUUUGUUGAAUCACAUUAGUGAUGAGUAUGAUUUUAAGGUUCAAAAAAACUGUAUCUAUGCAUUAUCGACAAUUAUUAGGCAUUUUCCCACAGCACAAAAACAAGUUAUAGAUAAAGAUGGUAUUAACAUUUUGAUGUCUGUCUUAAAAAGACCUGAAACUGAUUCAAAUGCAAAGCUUAAGUUAAAAGUUUCCAAUCUUUUGCAAGACUUAAUAGUUGAAAUUGAGGAUGCUAAACUAACUUUGAUUGAAGAAGCUAAUGGCAGACGAAGUUCAGAAGCCAGGGAAAGGGUUCGCCAAUAUGAAGAAUUACACUUAAAAGAUAAACUUGUUGAAAGUGGAUGGUGUGAAAUUAUAGCCGAUGAAUUUAUUACAUUAUCUAAUCUACUACCAGCGAAAGAAGAAACCAAUGACACGAUUGUAGCUUCUGGAAAAUCUUUAUUAGCAAUACGUAAUUUAUGCAAAGAUAAAUUAAAAGGAAAUAAGCUGUUAUAUGAUUCGUUAUAUAAAUUAGAAACACAUUACAAAAAAUUAGCUAAACAAGAUAACAAUUUGAAUCCAAUAUAUCAGUUAUUGAAUGAGUUAACUAACACUUAUGAUCCUGUAUUAGUAUAGUAUUAAGUGUUUUUCAUUUAUGAUUGUAAAAUUUACUUUAUAAAUUUAAAAGAACUGUGUGCAACUAAAUUGUGGAUAAAUGUUUUUUUUUCUGUGAUAUAAUUUAUUUUUAACUUAUCAAUAAUAUAUAUUUAGUUUAAGAAUACAGUGGAACUUUGAUUAUCUAUCGGGCACCGGACUAAAACCCUGAUGAAUAAUGAUAUUGAUGGUUAUCAGAUAUAUAAAAACAUUUUUUUUUUUUAUGAAAACAAACACAAAUUAUUUUUAUUUGUUAUACAUGUGUAUGUGUAUAUUUUAAUAUGAAAUACUGUAAUGAAUAAUUUUAAAAAAUCGAUGUAAUUAGUUAUAAUUUUAUCAAGAUUUUACUAAUAUUCUACACGGAAAAUUUUCAAUAAUGAUAAAUUUUAUAUUUAUAUUUUUCAGUAAAUAUCAGGUACAUAUUUAUUUUUGAGUAUGAUGGUUAAAAGAAGUUCCAUUGUAA